UAGCCCUCGUAUUCAAUCUUAGUACGUCAUUCCAACAAUGCAAAGCCUAUAUACGGAGGAUUAUACAUUUUUAUGUUAUCUCUGUUAUUCAUACGAUUCACUGUGCAUCACACUUUACAGUCUCACAGCUCACAAUAUUAUCUACACAUUGAUACCGAUCUUGAAGAAUCUGUUGCGAAAUACGCUUAGAAUCGACCCAGUUGGUUGAAGUUUAAAUACUUCUUGCGUGCAGGGUUGCUUGAAAGAGCUUCCACCAGGAUUUGAGGAUUCUUUUUCUCUGUUUCCUGGGUCCUUUCUUGUUAGAUUUCACAUUGCUUCUGCAGUAUUUACUGAUUUCUUUUUAGUUUUUGUUAUUAUUGUUGUUGUGGUGGUGUUUUGUUUUGCUUGUAGGAAUGGAUGUCUUGAAUAUAGAUUGGAAGAAUAUUGACAGCAGAUUUGUGAGGGAUGAGUUUUAUGAAAAUAUUCGGGCACCUAAAUGGUUGGACUUCUUGGCACUGGAGGAACCUGUGGAUGAUGAUGCCUGGUUCUGCAAGCCUGAUUGUAAUCAUCCGAGAACUGCAGCCAGCUUGUUGGAUGCUCCAUUAUUUGAGUCGCCAAAGCAGGUAAAACAGCCAAGACCUGUUAGGUCUACUUCAGCAACAAGCAUUUCCAGCACUACGCCACUAGGGGACAGGACUGCAAGUACACGCAACUGCAAGAAAACUGGGGGUCCACUGUCAACUUCAGUAACUUCUUUGUACGAAUUGAAGACAAAGGAAAAUGCAUCAAGGAAUUUAAAGAAGCCAUCACCUGCAGAUAGAAACAAACAUGCAUCCAGAACAGGCAAAUACCUUGCAGAUGCUGAAAAUGAUAAUCCCAAUCGUCCACGUAGUGUUUCUUCUGUAUCAAGCAUGGGAAAGAAUCCCAAAUCAUCCACACCAUCAAAUGUUGGGAAAUCUGCCAAAUUACAGGGUUCGAAAAAUGUUUCAAUUAGUCCUGCAAAACUUUCCAAACAGUAUACUGCUGCCAAAGACUCUCAAAGUCCUUUGAGCAUGGAGAAGAAAGGAGUUGCAAAACAAGCAAUUGGUAAUCUGAGCACUUCAAGUAAUACUACCCCAGUAACAACCCCUGCAAGCAGUGAGAAGAAAGGGACUAAAAAGAAAAUAGUUUAUAAUACUACUACUCCAGUAAAAACCCCUGAAAGCAGUGAAAAGAAAGGGAUUAGAAGCCCUGAAAGCAGUGAGAAGAAAGGGGUUAGAAGCUCUACCGGAAUCACUAAACUAACAUCCAACAAAACUCCUACAAGUGAUAAUCAGAGUUCAUCUCUGAAAUCUGGUUCAGCAAUUAAGGGCACAUUUUCAGCAGGUAAUCUCUUUGGUAAAACCCCAAGGAAAGAUUUCUUAACACAUCUUGCAGAGUUUUGCUCUGAAGUGAAGAAACUUGCAUUGUAUGGAGGUCAGAAAGAUUCUGCCAAACAGUCCAACAUGGCAUUUAAUCAUGACAGCAAUGUAGGCAGUGAGGAGGAAGGCAAACAGAAUCAAGAUGAAAAGAUUAACUUUUCAUAUGAACGAUCCAGUCUAAGUGGCUCCAAGGAUCAACAAGUCAUAAAAAAUAGAAUCAUUGAUGAUCCUGAUAAGUGCAGUAAGUCAGGACCAAUGGAAAUAGGAAGACUUCGAUUGAGAAACAAUAAAAAAGAUGCUGCAAAAAGUUGUCCAUCAUCCAAGCAGCCAAAACUUAAUGAGGAAGAUUUUUCAUCCCAUACCAAAAAUAUAGUAAGUGAUACAUCGGGAAACAUGGUGACAAACUUGAGUACUCUUCAUGAGCAUGAACGUGAUGAUUCAGAAAAAGUUGAGAACAUUAAAGAUUCCAGUGAUCCUUUUCUUGAAUUAUUCUCUGGACCCAUUCAUGCCCAUGAACAGGAAAAUACUGCACAUUCAGUAGAUCCACAACUUGAGAAAUAUAAGGAAAGUUCAGAACAUCUGGAAAAAGGCUUCAUGGAACCACAUAAGAAGUCGUUUCAUGCAAAGAUAUUCAGCCCAAGUAGCUGGAAAAAGAAAAGAACUGAUGGUGUGGAACAAAGGGUACAUCCCGCAAAUAAGUAUAGCUGGAAUGCAGGCCAGAAGGUACAAUCUUGUCCCCCGUCUCCUCAACAGGUUUGUAGAUUGUCCCAGACUUCAUCGUCAUCUAGCCAAGGCAGAAAGUCAACAACAACACCAAUGCAACCUUUUAGGUUCAGAACCUCGGAAAGAGGUGCUCUCAGAGAAUACAGAAAACUGCAAAGAUCUUCUUCAUGUGCUGAUAAUGUUGUGGCCUCUCCAGAACCAAAGCUAUAUAUGCCAGACAUGUUUUGGUUCCUAAAACGUUGUGCAUAGAUGAAUUAAUAGAUCAUUUGUGUCGAUCCCAGAAUUGAGAGGAGAAUAAACCUUAAACCCUGGGUACCAUUCGUUUAGCUGGAAAUGAUUAUGAUCAGGAUGAAAGUCUUAUCUGUGGGAUUAUACCAUCGCCCUGAGUCAUAUGCAUAUAGAUCAGAUGUUUUCCAUUGCAGUAUGCGAGAGGGAGUUCAUGACAAACCUGUCAAUAUGUUUCUAUCAAAUUGAGUCAUUGUAUUCUAUUGCAGUUUGUUAAAGUUUGUGACAAAUCUGCUUAUAGGGUUUUGCUGCUGUCAUCCUCACGUAGCUGCCUCCAUCUUGCCCCAUUCUUUCUGGAAAGGUCUGGGGCAAGCUGAAAUAUUUGUGUUGGCUCAUCAUUGCUAGAGGUUUUUUGUAUUAUUUGGUCAAAUAUUUAAUUCAUUCAUUCAUUUUUUUCAAAUCAGGUUCACCACACUGUUCAAUAAAGUCCUGUUGUGCUGAUUCA